CAACAAUGCCGCCUUUACCAGCUUCUGUGAUAAUUCACCCCAGUUCAACUCUUACACCCUGCAGCAUUUUUAUUUCUCCCAUCUUCAGACGCCACUACAAGUUGGGCUUCUCUGGUCACGCAAGAUGACAACCCCUCAAAGACGACUGACACGACUUUUGCAUGGACUCACACCUACACCAGCUGCAAUAGGAACCAUCCGACUACGAGAUAUUACUUACGAGGUCACCGAAUCCCUCACACCUUCGAGGCUUCCGUCAAACUCGAGUUGGAAAUGGAUUCGCUCAAACGAGGACUCACAGGCGGGACUGAACACCCGUGGUUCCUAUCUACUGGAUGCGACCGAUCCGGUGAACAUGGAUAAUCUACAUUUCAUGCUGCAGAAGUAUCUGUUGGGACAGGACGUGUUUCUGAUAUCGCAACCGGGUCCUUAUGCUAGGAGGCUGGCGUUGACCUUCGCGAGUAUCAUCAACUCGGAAUAUGAGUACAUCGCAUUGCAUAGAGAUGUUGGGGAAACGGAGCUGAAGCAGGGCAGAGAAAUACGUGAAGGCGGAAACCUGGUUUAUGUGGAUAGUCCAGCAGUAAAUGCUGCGAAAUAUGGCCGACUACUGAUUCUAGAGGGUAUCGAGAAAGCAGAACGCGGUAUCAUGCCUGUGUUGAAUAACCUGUUGGAAAAUCGCGAAAUGAACCUUGAAGAUGGGACACACAUCGUUCAUCCUCAACGAUACGCCCUUCUUGACGAUACAAAGAAAUUCAUUCCAGCGCACAAGGAUUUUCGCGUGAUAGCCAUAGCCGCGCCCGUUCCACCUUAUCCAGGAUACCCUUUAGACCCACCUUUUAGAAGUCGAUUUCAAGCACGCUUUAUAGAUCCUGUAGGCUCGUUAAUUGCUAUUGCGGAUUCUGUUCAAACAAGGGGCUCCUCAUCCUUCCUCGAGAAGUUUCAGACCGUCAUUCUGACCACACAACUUUCCGGUGAAGCUCGAAGCUCGAUAGAAGUCGUAUCUAAAUCCUCUUUACCCCAGUUCCCACAAACGGCACUCUUAAAGCUUCGCAGUCUGUGCACGAUGUUCCCGCCCCCGGAGAACUUGACCCCCGCGCAAUUGGCUCGAGUGGUGCUCACUAUACACCCAGCUCUCAUUCACGCGCCGUUCCAGGCUUGGGCACUCCUCGGCAGACAUAUCGAAGAACAGGGUUUGGGAGAGCUUGGUAGUCCUUCGAUAAGUUCUUGCGACGAGAACAUUGGUUUUUUCGGGUAUUCCGUUUCGUCUAUAGAGCGGAGGAGUCUCGGUGUUGCCGAAGUGACCUUUGAUACAUUUGGGCUUCCCAGCGUCUCGCUUUUAGUUCCGUGCGGCCCCCGAAAAUUUCUGAGGUUCCCUCUACAAGAGAACAGGCUGCCCAGUGUCAAGAUAACUCCAAGAUUCCUGGGCUUGUUGACGUGUUUUUUGCAAGCGCACGCUUUGGGAUGGGAUAUUUCAUAUGUUCCGCCAGUUAUGCCUUCUACCGCAUCGUCUAGUACUUCUACCCUUGUCAAGACAUUUGGACAGCUGUUAGGAUACGAGACGGAGGUGGUGCAUAUGUAUAAAGAAAUCGGUGGUAGGGAGUUGGUGAUGAGACGAAAGAUACUGGAAGGAGGUGCUACUACGUGGGAGCCAAGCCCUCUCAUACAGGGUGCGUGGGCAGGAAAACUAGUUCAUUUGGAUUCUUUGGAUGUGAUUGGAUCAACACUUGGGUCUCUUUCAAGAUUUAUACAGGAUAGAGAAAUCGAACUUUGGAGCAAUAAACGAAUCGUCUCUGAAGCCUCGGAAGGGGAGAUCGCCACUGGUGAACUCUCCAUAACUCAUCCAUGCUUCCGUAUCAUCAGUACUGCUUCCAAAUCUCUCCCACUUAAAGAUUGGCUAUCCGACGAGCACUGCAACAUGUUCUUCCCUAUACACAGUCAACCUAUGGACGAAAAAGAAGAGUAUGUUGUUCUCAAGUCGUCAGGAUGCUCGUCAGAAACCCUGGAGAGGUUAUUGCGGUUUGCCGAAAGAUACAGGCGGUCCUUCUCUGACGAUAACAUCCAAAAGAAUCGGAAGUUGGGAACAAGAUCAUUGAUGAGGAUUGCAAAUAGGCUAGCUUCGGUCCCGGGUGAUGCUAGAGAUCUUCGUACACUUCUUUCCCGGACUCUUUUGGCCGAGUUUUUACCCGCAACGGAACGACUGAACUUGGAGUCUCUGUUCGGGGAGACAGGAGUGAAGAAGGUUGAGCCUCCUUAUUACCCUCCACCUAUAGUUGACAAUGGCACCCUCGUCUUCCCUGGCUCGACCGUUGCCAAUGAAAGUGAAUCCAAAGCUACCAUUGUUCCUCUGUUUGAUGCAAAGAAGGACGCAGAAGGAGUGGCGUCACUUGUACCGCACAUGGAUCAUUUCUACGACAAUAGCCAACAGAUAGGCUUAAUGAGAGAUCUAGCAAUCGAUAUGGAGCUUCUCGGGGAACAUUUGGUGUUGCUGGGGAAUCAGGGAGUUGGAAAGAAUAAGAUUGUCGACCGACUCUGUCAGCUCCUAAGACGGCCCCGAGAAUAUGUUCAGCUUCAUCGCGACACAACUGUGAACCAGCUGAUGUUUACAACGAAUCUGGAGAACGGCGUUAUCAAGUAUACAGAUUCUCCACUUCUUCGGGCAAUUAUUUUUGGCCGAGUCAUCAUUGUCGAUGAGGCAGACAAAGCACCGGAACACGUCGUUGCUAUUUUCCGUAGUUUAGCUGGUCAAGGCGAAAUGACGCUCUCGGAUGGACGAAGGGUGUGCACAGUCUACGAGAGGCCGGGUGACAUUCCUGUGCAUCCCGAUUUCAGAUUGGUUUUGCUAGCAAACAGACCUGGAUAUCCGUUUCUCGGCAACCACUUCUUACAAGUUUUAGGAGAAAACUUCAGUGCGCACUCGGUCUCCAACCCUAGUUUACUUUCCGAGCGCAAGCUUCUUCAACAGCUCGCACCUGAAAUCGACCCUGAUCUUAUAUUGAGACUCGUUGGGGCAUUUAAUGACCUGAGAAUUGAGUAUGACAAAGGCACUCUGAGUUAUCCUUACUCUCUGCGAGAAUUGAUAAAUCUCGUCCGCCACUUGCAAUCCUAUCCAACGGACACCCUCGGAGACGCACUCCGAAACAUAUUUGAUUUUGAUAUCUAUAGGCCUGAUACCAUCGACAAGUUAGCGCGUAUUCUCGAACACCACGGACUAGAUGUACCGCAUCUCGGUUUAGAUGCUGCACGCGAAGCUGCCAAGAAGAAACUCGUCAGUGACUUUGAGUAUACACCCAAGAAUACCGACCUGUCUGAACCGAAGGAAGGUGUACAUGACGACAAGCAACACCAAGGAGGUAACAAAUAUGCAGGAGGUACCGGUGGACGUGAUACGGCGGGAAUUGGAGGGCGUGGUGGUUACAAGCGGUUUUAUAAAGGUGGAAAUAUUGCACAGAUUCCUAAUGCGCUGAAACAACAAGUCCCCGAGGAGAUACAAGAAAAGGCUCGCGAAAUGGCCAGACAGGAGUUGAAACGCAGGUUAGAAGAGUUGGAUAUGACUCACUCUCAAGCGAAGGGAUACGGAGAACUCUUGAACGCUACGCAAGCACACAUGUUAUCGUUGCAUAAUAUACUCGAACAUCUCACUGCGAAGGAGGAAGAGCGCGUAUGGGUGAAACGUCAAACUGAUGGGGAACUUGACGAUAGUCGGUUAACUGAAGGAAUCACCGGCGAAGCGACGGUUUACAAACGAAGAGGGAUGGAGAAACCUGAGAUCGGCAGGCCGCAAAUCAAACCCAAAAGGAUACGCUUCAUCUUCGACUUGAGUGCCUCCAUGUAUCGAUUCCAGUAUGAUGGACGACUACAGAGAAGUAUGGAAACAGCGGUUAUGCUGAUGGAAACGUUCGACCGGCUUUCGAGGAAGGACAAGUACGUCUGGGAUAUAUGUGGACACUCAGGGGACGAGGCGGUUAUCCCGCUAAUAACCACCGACAAGCCACCCACUGAGAUGAAGGAACGGUGGAAAGUUGUUGAAAAGAUGUACAUGAUCCCCCAGUAUGCAUUCUCUGGGGACUACACAGUUGAGGCUAUACAAAAGGGAGUUGAGGAAGUCGGAAAGUUCGACGCAGAUGAUUGGUUCGUAAUUGCUAUAACAGAUGCAAACUUUGAGAGGUACCAGAUUACACCCGAGGACAUCGUUCGCGCCAUGAAACGAAACCCCAAGGUCCAUUCUGCGUUGAUAUGUAUCGGAGAAGGUGCAAAUGCGCCAUGGAUAACUGAGAGCCUGCCUGGCAAGGGAUUUAGAGUUCGGAAUACAGAGGAUAUACCGAAUGUCUUGAGGAGUAUCUUAUCGACGAUGAUUGACCGUUAGAUUUUUUCUGCGCUACAACUCUGUUGACAGUAAUACUAUUUCGCAUAUUAGUGGUCACAAAUGUAGAUAAUCCGAGUAUGUUCCCAAUUAUACCGCCG